AUGGUGCUCGCGCAGCUGGGCAGGAGCAUCUCCCGCGUGCUUGCGCAGAUGGGCAAUGCCACGGUGAUCGACGAGAAGGUGCUCGGGGAGUGCCUCAACGAGAUCUCCCCCGCGCUCCUGCAGUCUGACGUCCGGAAGAUCGUCAACCUCGAGACCCUCGCCGCCGGCACCAACAAGCGGCGCAUCAUACAGCAGGCCGUCUUCACGGAGCUCUGCAACAUGCUAGAUCCAGGGAAGCCGGUCUUCACCCCCAAGAAGGGCAAGCCCAAUGUCGUCAUGUUCGUCGGAUUGCAGGGCCAGUCUGACUCACCAACCAACCUCGCCUGCUUGCUCUGUUUAUUGUUCUACACCUAUUACUGAAUGUAUAUAUGUACCACUCUGUGUGUAGCAUUUUUCUAACUGUACAAUAGCACUCACUCCUCUACUGUCACAUAAUAGAUUAGCCUUGAAUUCAUCUAG